AUGCUUUGGUGUUUGGUCGUGGCGUAUCUGGGCGCAUAUGUGACCCGAACUUGGGCAGCGCAGAGUGUCAAUGGCGGUACACUUCUAGGGUGUAACCCCGGCAAAGUCACUACGGGGUUCAGCAUUACAUACUACAGUAUGCCUUUGAUCUCCACUAGUCCCUGCUAUAAUCCAAUCUAUUCCACUGCGCCCUACCUUCACGGGGGGUACCAAACUUUAGGAAGCGGUAAACUCGGAGAAAGUAGCGGUGUCACAAAUUUAACCUAUGAUACUGGAACAGAUGGAUUUUCGACCUGUGCAGCGACUUAUCAAACGCUGCCUCCCAACUACAAAUUUAAUACCCCAAUCACCACGUCUAAUUUCUCGAUGCUUAUCACAGGUUAUCUAUAUGCUCCCAAGACGGGAAACUAUACUUUAAAUUUGGCUUAUGUUGACGACUUGGCUUACAUCAACAUUGGUGCUGGCAACGCUUUCAACUGUUGUCAAAUGGGUUCCUCGGUUUCAAAUCCAGGAGAUUUCCUUUUAUAUGCCAUCUGGCCUCAAAGCUCGAAUCAAAUCACUGUGACCCUUCUGGGUGGUUAUUACUAUCCUCUGCGUAUUUUUUACGUUAAUAGAAAUUACGCGGGUGGCUUGAAGUUCUAUCUCGUUGAUGCUGAUGGUGUUAAUCAUGAAGAUUUGGGUAAUUUUAUUUUCAACGUUGAAGAUGGAGAUAGAUGUGAUAAGAAGCCAGAUUAUUCAACUUCAGCCUGGAAAAACUCUUUUACAAGUUCUUACACGACUAUCUCGACUUAUGUGAAUAGUGAGGGCCACACGACGACAGGAGACGUCGUCGUUGUUGAGACACCUGAAACCCAAACGAUUUCACGAACGUCGACAACUGAUUACUCCGGUUCUUCAACAUUAACGUACUCUACUGCAGUAACUACCACAACAGGUACAGAUGGUCUUCCAACAAUUGAUACGUUAUACUAUGUGGAAACACCACGUAGGGCCACAACGAGUACUUCGUUCACUUACUACAGUGGAUCACUAACUAGUACAUAUUCUACGGCGUUCUCAACGGUGACCGGUAUUGAUGGUUUUCCAACGACGGAGACCAUCUAUUACGUCGAAACUCCCAUUUUGGGUACCACUUCUGCGACCACCAUUCCUUACAGCGGAUCUGUGACGACGACGUACUCCACAGCGCUCAGCACCUUCACCGGGUCGGAUGGUAAAGCCACCGUGGAGACGGUCUACUACGUCGAGACGCCAAUUGUGAACGUCAGCUCGACUACCACCGUUCCAUACAGCGGAUCUGUGACGACGACGUACUCUACAGCGCUCAGCACCUUCACCGGUUCGGAUGGCAAGCAGACUGUCGAGACCAUCUACUACGUCGAAACUCCUAUUUUGGGUACCACUUCUGCGACCACCAUUCCUUACAGCGGAUCUGCGACGACGACGUACUCUACAGCGCUCAGCACCUUCACCGGGUCGGAUGGUAAAGCCACCGUGGAGACGGUCUACUACGUCGAGACGCCAAUUGUGAACGUCAGCUCGACUACCACGAUCCCAUAUAGCGGAUCUGUGACUACGACGUACUCCACAGCGCUCAGCACCUUCACUGGUUCAGAUGGAAAGCAGACUGUCGAGACCAUCUACUACGUCGAAACUCCUAUUUUGGGCACCACUUCUGCGACCACCAUUCCUUACAGCGGAUCUGCGACGACGACGUACUCUACAGCGCUCAGCACCUUCACUGGGUCGGAUGGUAAAGCCACCGUGGAGACGGUCUAUUACGUUGAAACUCCAACAAGCGCCUCCACCGCUUACACUGGAUGGACUGGGUCGUUUGCUUCCACGUACUCGACUGGAGCCACCACGUUCACUGGAAGCGAUGGUAAGCCAACCACUGAGACCGUGUACUACGUUGAGACUCCAACAAGUGCCACUACCUCAUACACCGGCUGGACUGGGUCGUUCAGCUCAACCUACUCCACUGGCGAGACCACGUUCACUGGUAGCGAUGGUAAGCCAACCACUGAGACCGUGUACUACGUGGAGACCCCAGCUCUAGCCACUACUUCAUACACCGGCUGGACUGGGUCGUUCAGCUCAACCUACUCCACUGGCGAGACCACGUUCACUGGUAGCGAUGGCAUUCCUACUACCCAAACCGUAUACUACGUCGAGACUCCAACAAGUGCCGCUACUGAGUUUACUGGCUGGACUGGAUCGUUCACCUCAACCUACUCGACUGGCAAGACCACGUUCACUGGAAGCGAUGGUAAGCCAACUACCCAAACCGUGUACUACGUUGAGACUCCAACAAGUGCCACUACCUCAUACACCGGCUGGACUGGGUCGUUCAGCUCAACCUACUCCACUGGCGAGACCACGUUCACUGGAAGCGAUGGUAAGCCAACCACUGAGACCGUGUACUACGUGGAGACCCCAGCUCUAGCCACUACUUCAUACACCGGCUGGACUGGGUCGUUCAGCUCAACCUACUCCACUGGCGAGACCACGUUCACUGGUAGCGAUGGUAAGCCAACCACCCAAACCGUGUACUACGUUGAGACUCCAACAAGUGUCUCCACGGCGUACACUGGAUGGACUGGGUCGUUUGCUUCCACGUACUCGACUGGAGCCACCACGUUCACUGGAAGCGAUGGCAAGCCAACCUCCCAGACCGUGUACUACGUUGAGACUCCAACUAGCGCCUCCACCGCUUACACUGGGUGGACUGGAUCGUUCAUCUCUACCUACUCGACUGGCGAGACCACGUUCACUGGUAGCGAUGGCAUUCCUACUACCCAAACCGUGUACUACGUUGAGAUUCCAACAAGUGCCGCUACUGAGUUUACUGGCUGGACUGGAUCGUUCACCUCAACCUACUCGACUGGCGAGACCACAUUCACUGGAAGCGAUGGCAAGCCAACCACUGAGACCGUGUACUACGUGGAGACCCCAGCUCUAGCCACUACUUCAUUCACUGGCUGGACUGGAGCGUUUACCUCGACAUACUCUACUGGAGUAACUACACUCACCGGCAGUGAUGGAAAGCAGACGGUAAAGUACGUUUACUUUGUCGAAACCCCAUCGGGUGGAUAUUACCAGAAUGCCACCUCCAAUGUUAUUCCUGGUAGCUCCGUCAUACCCGCUGAGACUACUCAAAACCUCAAUCCAGUCCCUCCUACGGCAACAAGGGGCGCUGAGACGACCGCUGUACAACCAGGCGGAGCUGAAAGUCCUACUGUAACGCGGGUUACGAUAACAGAUGGUCAAGUGGUUACUAGCACCGUCAUUGUUACUGGCCAACCAGGCCGACCAGUUUCAUCGCCUGCCGCUUCCGGUCCCGGUCAACCAGGUCCAUCGCCUGCCGCUUUCAGUUCCGGUCAGCCAGGUCCACUGCCUUCCGGUUCCAGUCCCGGCCAUCCUGCCCCAUCACCCGCUGGUCAGCCCACAGGCUCCGUUUCCACCUCUGAUCGGCAAGGUGCACCUUUAGUUGGGAGCGAUGUUCAAACGGCCAACGGCCCAGACAACAAAAACACGCUCUCCAGAACGACUAUAAUUCCAACAUCGUCGAGUUCAACAGCGAAUCAAGAGAACGGUAGCUCUUCUGUGAAUGCUUCUCAAGGAAACCGGCCUGCUCCUGCCGAAGAGGGAAGCUCGUCGACAAAUGCCGGACAAGCGUCUCCUAAUGCCAGUGCUUCAGGCACAGCUGGGUCUGCGAGCACUCCAAACGCAGGUGCUCCAGGUGUUUCUGGUGUAUCUCAGAGCGCUUCCGCCUCUUCCACUGCUGAAAUCUCCACAUACCAAGGUCUAGCAAGCAAGUUCAAGGUGGGGGCUCUGUUAGCUCUUCCGUUCGCAUUCUUGUGA